AUGGCUCUUCAGUUUAGGCAACCGCCCAGCUAUCAGAUGCAUAUGUUCAGUACCGCCAGAGACAACACUUUUUCAGCCAGGGACAACAAUCACAGUAACAGGGGUUGUAUAAACAUGUUACCGAACAUUUCAGGCUUUAAUGAUUUGUGUAUGACAAACAAGUCAGACCUUGACGACGUGAGGGCUUCAACCUUGACCGACUGGACAAGAAAACGGCCUCAAGGAUGGACAAAGAAGGAUGUUCUGGACUGGAUCUAUUAUCUUGUUGAGCAGGAACAACUGGAUGGUUCAAAGUUUAAAGGGGAAGCUUAUCGAGACUUGGCUGGUUGUGAUUUGUGUGUGAUGAGCAAAGAUCAGUUUCUGAAAGUGGACCCUUGCCAUGGGAACAUAAUCUAUGACAGCUUUCAAUGCCUCCUCCGGCAAGAGUCCGUUAAGAAUGAGAUGUGUAGACUUAACGGUGGCCACAACGUUCCUGUGAUGUUUAACAAGAACUUCACGACACAGUGUCGAAUUGAUGAGAACAACAAUAUUAAUACAAAUGAGGAGGGAUAUCUGGGGCGUCAAGUUACUGAUAUCUGUGACAACAGCCACACUUGCUACACACCUGAUCUCACUGUUUUGAGGUCGGACAAUGACAUCAAAGUCGAUCUUCCAAGUCUCGGAGUGUAUCCCAUAAGCCAGGUAUUCGAACUUCCUUUCACAGAGUACGACUGUAGCACUUUGCCUUUUCAGUCGUCCACUUCAUUGAAGCAACAUUCUGGAGUUUCGCAACCUAUAAACUCGCCAACUAUGCCUACAAUGACACCGUGGUCUGUGUCUUCGGCUGAGGACUCUGUUACUGCAGCAAGAGCUUUUCUCAAGCUAGAAGGUCUGUUUCCGUCAGCAACAUUCCCGAACACAAUAACCCCGUCCACCAACACUUCAUCAAGAUCAGCUGAUUUCCGAAUGUUGCAAGGCUUUCCAUCUGUUUCAACAACAUCAACGAAUUUGUCACGUUCCACACCUUGUUCUUUACCUGGAAACGUCCAGAAACUUACAACAGACAGCAUUGAUCUUGAAUACUCCAGUGACGACUCCUCGUGCAGCCUAUCAUUCAUGCCACCCAUGGGAUCACCAAAAUGCGGAGACGCCUUUUGCAGUGACAACAUCGUUAAAGGAAUUAAUGAUUCUUCCACACAACAGAGACGGCUGAAUGAAAACACAGUACAGCGAGAGGGCAGAAGAGUUAGAACAGCUGUUGCUGCUAAAGCUGGAAACCAGUUGUGGAAAUUUCUGCUUGAACUUCUUCGCGACCCAGAAGCCAACCCGAGACUCUUGAAAUGGGAAGACAGAAAU